AUUCAACGAGUAGCCACUUUUUAUUGGAGCGGAAAGAGAAGUCCGUUUUUGCUUACUCAGCAUCUUAUUAGUUUCAUGGAGAACAUGUGUCAAUGGAGAUAAUCUUCAACAAAUGCUACGUCAUCUCUUGCGCCACCAUACCUCCAAGUGGCCGAACCCUUCGCCGCAUAUUUAAUGGACUCCACUCCUCUCACAGUAAUCAACAGACUCACCACCACACUCUCCCCCCUAACAAUGGACCAUCCACAAGGCACCAUUGUAUUCACCACAAUCGGCAGACCUCAAUAUGGCUUCGACAUUUUCACUGUCAAAAUCCCUCUUAAUCUCCGUCACUCCCCGAUCACCAAACUAACACCGGAACACCACCUCACCGACGGUAUUUCAAUCAAUUUCAAUGCCCAAUUUGUUGACGAUGAUCAAACCAUCGUCCACAUCUCCGAGCGUAGUGGGUCACCUAGAGUUUACCUUACCCGGCCCGGACUGAAGAAGCCCGAGAUUCUACCAUAUGUACCCUAUAGUCUUUUCCACGAUCGGCCAGUCAUCAGAAACAAUCGCCUCUACUUUGUUUCAGCUCAUGAGCAGCCCAAUCAACCUUUUAAAAGCUGGUCUGCUCUGUACUCAACUGGGCUCCAAGAAAACAAGAUUACGCGGUUGACGCCUCGUGAUACUGUCGAUUAUAGUCCUGCAGUUUCUCAAAGCGGUGAGUUCGUUGCCGUUGCAUCUUAUGGGUCACGCCCUUGGGGCGGUGAAUUUCACGAGCUCAAAACGGAUAUUGUUGUUUUUAGAGUUUCCGAUCCAAAUCGUCGAGUUGUUGUGUGUGAGCGAGGUGGGUGGCCCACCUGGGCAGGGGACUCUGUCCUUUACUUUCAUCGCCAAUCUGAUGAUGGGUGGUGGAGCAUUUUCCGAGUGGAUUUCCCGGGAGAUCUAGAAUUCUCGGGGUUCCCACUCGCUCCUGUCCGGGUGACUCCAUCACGCAUUCAUUGCUUUACUCCGGCUGCUUUUCACGAUGGGAAACACAUUGCGGUCGCAACUCGCCGCCGCGAAAAGAAUUUCCGACACAUUGAGAUUUUCGAUCUCCAUACCAAGAGCUUUUACGCAGUUACUGAGCCCUUGAAUCCGAAUCUUCAUCACUACAAUCCGUUUGUCUCACCAGAUUCCGGAUCCCUCGGUUACCACCGAUUCCGAGGUGAGUCAGCCCAUGGCGAGUCGACGAUUCCACAUCUGGAUUCGGUUAGUUCUCCAAUCAAGGAACUACGCAUGAUCAGAUUGAAUGGAUCAUUUCCUGCAUCCUCUCCAGAAGGCAAUCUCAUUGCGUUCAAUCACGAUUUUGACGUGAACUCCGGCAUCAAAAUCGUCAAAUCGGACGGAUCAAAACGAUGGGAUUUAAUCAAAGGCCGUACAGCCUUCUACAAUUCUUGGAGUCCCACAGAGAAACACGCCAUUUACACAUCUAUUGGCCAAAUCUUUCAGUCGGCCAAAUCGACAGUCCAGAUUGCACGCAUAACGUUUGACCCCGCAGAUCUCACCGACGAUCGCGACGAAAUCCCGUGCACAGUGAAAAUCCUUACAAAGGAAGACGCAGGAAAUAACGCCUUCCCGUCAUGCUCCCCGGACGGCAAGUCCCUCGUCUUCCGCUCCGGCCGUUCAGGACACAAGAACCUCUACCUAAUGGACGCCGUUAACGGCGAGUUUGACGGUGGCAUACGUCAGCUGACGGAGGGUCCGUGUAUUGAUACCAUGCCCAACUGGUCGCCUACUGGAGAUCUCAUAGCGUUCUCUUCAAACAGACACAAUCCGGACAAUCCCGAAGCUUUUAGCAUAUACACUGUUAAACCGGACGGCUCCGAUCUUAGGAGGAUAUACGUGGCAGGAUCAGAGGGAUCGGCUGAAGCGGACAGGGAGAGGAUCAACCAUGUUUGUUUUAGUAGGGAUGGGGAGUGGCUAUUGUUCACUGCCAACUUUGGCGGCGUGACGUCUGAACCGGUGUCGUGGCCCAAUCAAUUUCAACCCUAUGGGGAGCUGCAUGUGGUGAGAUUGGAUGGGAGUGGGCUGAAAAGGCUGACGUGGAAUGGUUACGAAAAUGGGACGCCAGCGUGGCAUCCUGGUGAUGGGCUCGACAUGGGCCGUUUGGGCUUGAGUGAUAAGGUUGGAGAUAAGCUAGAUGGUCAGUUUCAGGAACCACUAUGGAUUUCAUGCGAUAUUGAAUAAUUGUUUUUUUUUUUUGAACUUUCUGUUCUUGCUUGUGGUCCCUUGUUUGUUUAAGAUUGGUGGGUCUUAUGAGUUUGUACCUUUUCAUUUAUCCCAACAAUUUAAUUUUUCGGAAAUAGUCCAUCCUCUCU